UGUUAUGGCUGGAGGGCUCUUUGCUGUUGACCGAAAGUGGUUUUGGGAAUUGGGUGGCUAUGAUCCAGGCUUAGAAAUCUGGGGAGGAGAACAGUAUGAAAUAUCUUUCAAGGUUUGGAUGUGUGGAGGAGGAAUGUUUGACGUUCCAUGUUCUAGAGUUGGUCAUAUCUACAGGAAGUACGUCCCUUAUAAAGUUCCAUCUGGGACCAGCUUGGCAAGAAACCUAAAACGUGUAGCAGAGACCUGGAUGGAUGAAUUUGCGGAGUACAUUUACCAGCGACGACCUGAGUACAGACAUCUUUCCACUGGUGACAUCUCUGCCCAGAAGGAGCUCCGGAAACACCUCAAGUGCAAGGACUUCAAGUGGUUCAUGGCGGCUGUGGCCUGGGAUGUCCCCAAGUACUACCCCCCAGUGGAGCCCCCACCAGCUGCCUGGGGGGAGAUUCGAAAUGUGGCUGCCAACCUCUGUGUAGACAGCAAACAUGGUGCCACAGGAACGGAGCUGAGGCUGGAUAUCUGCGUAAAGGAUGGCUCUGAAAGGACAUGGUCCCAUGAACAGCUAUUCACCUUUGGCUGGCGAGAAGAUGUGCGUCCUGGAGAACCACUCCAUACCCGAAAGUUUUGCUUUGAUGCCAUUUCCCACAGUAGCCCUGUGACCCUCUAUGACUGUCAUGGCAUGAAGGGGAACCAGCACUGGGGCUAUCGGAAGGACAAAACUUUAUUCCAUCCAGUGAGCAACAGCUGCAUUGAUUGCAACCCAUCAGAGAAAAAGAUUUUCAUGAACAGAUGUGACCCUCUCUCGGAGACUCAGCAGUGGAUUUUUGAACACAUUAACAUGACUAUUUUAGAAAAAGUGAACAGCAACAUCAGCUCCUAGAAAGAAAGGAGGACAAAAGGGACAAUGACAUGCAGAUUGCAAAUGAAAUUUCGGCCAGCGGCAUCUGGGUCGAAGGAGUCAGGAAUUAAAUUUCCUAGAUCCAGGAAGCUUGUUUAAAGGAUUAAGGAGAUGCCAUGGCAGAGCCCAGUAAGCUGCCACCAUGGACUUCCUGCAUCUGAACAACUUGGCUGAGAACCUCACCAGCUGCUUCGGAGAACCACAGACUGGCAUUUCCCUUGCUGGUCAAGGGCAAACUUUAUUAAGGACUUUUCAAAACAACUUCUGAGUUAA